CAGAGAGAAAAGCUACAGAGAGCAGUCAUAAGCUAGAAGUCAACAGGACCUGAAAGAGAAAGAAGAUGCUGCCACAUAUAUUGCUAUGUGGCAGAAAAGUGAAGGAACCUCAGAGACUGUGGGCGAGCCAGAAGAUACCAGCUCUGGGAGGAAGCAAGCCUGUAGCCCCUGAAACCAUGAGUCAGCUCGCCAUCAUGGAUACUCUAGCAGAAGCAAAUGGCACUUUUGCCUUAAACCUCUUGAAAAAGCUGGGUGAAAACAACUCGCACAAUAUAUUCUUUUCGUCCGUGAGCAUCUCGGCGGCACUGGCCAUGGUCUCCAUGGGGGCGAAGGGAAACACUGCAGCCCAAAUAGCCCAGGUCCUUUGUUUAAGCAGAAGCGGAGGCGGAGAUGUUCACCAAGGUUUCCAGUCGCUGCUCUCUGAGGUUAACAGAACUGGCACUCAGUACUUGCUUAGGAUGGCCAACGGGCUCUUUGGAGAAAAGUCUUGCGAUUUCCUCUCGUCUUUUAAAGAUUCCUGCCAAAAAUUCUACCAAGCAGAGAUGGAAGCACUCGACUUCGCUAAUGCUUCAGAGGCGUCCAGAAAACACAUAAACACCUGGGUAGCCGCUAAGACAGAAGGUAAAAUCACAGACUUGCUGUCUUCUGAUUCUGUCAACCCCAUGACUAACCUGAUCCUCGUGAAUGCCAUCUACUUCAAAGGAAACUGGGAAAAGCAGUUCAACAAAGAGCAGACCAAGGAAAGACCUUUUAAAAUCAGCAAGAAUGAGGAGAAACCUGUGCAAAUGAUGUUUAAGAAAUCUAAGUUUCAAAUUACUUAUAUAGGAGCAAUAUCCACGCAAAUUCUGAUGCUUCCCUAUGUCGGAAAGGAGCUGAAUAUGAUCAUCAUGCUUCCAGGUGAAGACACCGAUUUGAAAACGGUGGAAAAAGCACUCACUUACGAGAAGUUCGUGGAAUGGACCAGGGAAGACAUGAUGGAUGAAGAAGAGGUGGAGGUUUUCCUUCCCAGGUUUAAACUGGAGGAAAAUUAUGACUUGGAGGCUGUCUUUCACAGCUUGGGCAUGACCGACGCCUUUGACCAGGCCAGGGCAGACUUCUCCGGAAUGUCAUCUGAGAAGAGCCUGUUCCUGUCCAAGGUCGUGCACAAGUCUUUUGUGGAGGUCAACGAGGAAGGCACCGAGGCGGCGGCGGCCACGGCCGCCAUCAUGAUGCUGCGUUGUGCCAUGAUCACUCCCAGGUUCUGUGCGGACCGUCCCUUCCUUUUCUUCAUCCAGCACAGGGAGACCAAGAACAUCCUCUUCCAUGGCCGGUUCUGUUCUCCGUAGGGAAUGGUGGUUCCCAAAGGGGGCUCCUCCUCCUCCUCCUCCUCCUGGCCGGUUUCCUCUCACCAUCAGCCAUGUGCCUGCCCCUAAGUGACCUUAUUGAUGUGCUGGUGAGAAUGCAGAAAUAAAGGCCUGGCUUGGCAGUUCCACUUUCAGA